AUGUUGAUUCUCAGGACCUCAUUAGCAUGGGCUCCAACGACCGUAAGUACAGUUGACGUGUUAAAGAAAAUUGACAUUCCAUCAGUUUUUAUUGGUGAAUCGUCAGCAAAUUCCCUGAAAGAUGAAUUCAUAUAUGAAAAAGGGGGCCACAUUAUCUUAGUUCCAGAGUUUACCCUUCCUUUGGAGUACUACCUAAUUCCCUUCCUGAUCAUAGUGGGCAUCUGUCUCAUCUUGAUAGUCAUCUUCAUGAUCACAAAAUUUGUCCAGGACCGACACAGAGCUAGAAGAAACAGACUGCGUAAAGAUCAACUGAAGAAACUCCCCAUACACAAGUUCAAGAAAGGAGACGAGUACGAUGUAUGUGCCAUUUGUCUGGAUGAAUACGAGGAGGGAGACAAACUCAGAAUUCUUCCCUGCUCUCACGCUUACCACUGCAAGUGUGUUGACCCCUGGCUAACCAAAACCAGAAAAACCUGCCCCGUCUGCAAGCAGAAAGUCGUUCCUUCCCAAGGCGAUUCCGAGUCUGACACAGACAGUGGUCAAGAGGACCACGAAGUGUCAGAGAACACCCCUUUACUUAGACCUUUGGCUUCCGUCAGCACCCAGUCCUUUGGGGCGUUGUCGGCAUCCCACUCACACCAGAACACGACGGAGUCGUCUGAGUACGAAGACGACAGUGACAGCAGUGAGGCGGAGAAUGAAAUUAACGAACACGAUGUGGUGGUCCAGUUGCAGCCCAGCGAUGACCGGGAUCACAACAUCGCGAACACGGUGUGAGCGGCACAGUUGGGCUGGUUUAUUGCUCCACUGAAAUUGGACUUAGGUAUAUCUUUUUAUUUCUUGCCUCCCUUCAGAGAUUUCUGUAGAAGUAACUUGUUUUUCAGUAUACCACAGUUCAAGUGGAAUGCAGAAACAGGCUUUUUGAUCCAGCAUCUGUCGGUAGGAGGGUCUGUCAGUCCACAAAUAGAACGGUGCUGUGAACGCCAGCAUCGACUCUCCUUUGGGAAUGGAAAAUAGCCAAAACAUUUUUUUUAAAUCCUCAGAGCUUGCAAUUAAGACCUAGAUAACGGUAUGCAAAUAUUUUGUCUUACACAAAAGUUGCUGCCACCUAGCAUGAGCUAAGCCAACUCUCAAUAAAGUCACCUAGACUUGCUGAAUUAGGAUGUUUUUUUCUGGAAAUUCCCCAAAUGACCAUCACUGAGAGGCGGCAACAAGGCAGUUUACUCUCUGCUUCCUACAAGGGAGGCAGACCCAAAGCUGCCUUCGUACUUCCAGUGCCCGAGUAGUCUUACCGUGCCAGGAACGGUUAGUACUAGAGCAGAUUCAAAAAACAACACGAAAGUUUAGGGUUUUUAAUACUAUAGUGUUAUGUAUGAAUUUGAUUCAGCAACUAAUGUCUCUGGACUCUGCUUACUGAAUUUCAGCAUCCUUGGGUUUUGUGUGGUUGCGAUCAAAGCAAACAAACUAAAAAUACUGAACUUUCAGCAACUGUUCAUACUCAGAUCAUAUACCUCGUAAUAAGAGCAUCUCAUGCCAAUUAGCCUGGCUAAAUUAUGUAUAGAGGAAAUUAUUCAAGUAUUGGAUUUAAUAAUAAGUGCUGAUUGUUUAACAGAGCUAAUGAUGUAUUAACAAUGUAUUAUGAAAAGCUAAAUUAUACAUUAUUGUAACUAUGUAGAAAACACAGACCUAAGUAUAAUCAAAAUGCUAAGAAUUUUUAUAUGGCCUUGUAAGGAGAAUUUAAAUGUUAAUAAACACGUUUUCCACUUUUAAGAACCA